AUGAGCGCUAGCGACCGCGACAAGAAGGAUGUGCUAGGUUAUCGUAACAAAGAGAACCUUUUAGCCAUAAAGGGAGCCGUCGUUAGCGGUCCCCCUCAGUUUUUGGAGCUGACGUAUGGACUUGGAUCUGGGUUUUACAAAAGAAUAGCAUCCCUCAGGGUUUACAAGGGACCUAUUCAUGUGCAAAGAAAGUCGUUUGAUCACGGUAUUCGAAAGAGUUAUGAAGAAAUCCACUCAAUAGUAGAUGAUCUAUCUGUACGACUUGGCGGUGUCGGAGACGAAUGGUUGACAAGCAGUGAAUCAUCGCCGAAAUACUUUGAAUUCACGCCGAUUGAAAUGCAUGCAAUUACUGAACGCCUACGAUUGCCGGAACCUACUGCACCAGGUAAAUGA